UCCUUUCAUAGGCUCCCCCGCCUCCUCCCCUCCCUCCUUCCCCCGUGAUGGCGGAGGACAGCGAGUCUGCGGCCAGCCAGCAGAGCCUGGAGCUGGAUGACCAGGACACCUGCGGCAUAGAUGGCGACAAUGAGGAGGAGGCCGAGCACGCUAAGGGAAGUCCUGGAGGGGAUUUGGGAGCAAAGAAGAAGAAGAAGAAACAGAAGAGAAAAAAGGAGAAGCCAAAUUCUGGAGGCACCAAAUCAGAUUCUGCAUCUGACUCUCAAGAGAUUAAAAUUCAGCAGCCUUCAAAAAAUCCAGCCAUUCCAAUGCAGAAGCUUCAAGAUAUCCAGAGAGCAAUGGAGUUGCUCUCUGCAUGCCAAGGUCCAGCAAAGAACAUUGAUGAGGCUACCAAACGUAAAUACCAGUUUUGGGAUACACAACCUGUACCAAAACUUAACGAAGUCAUAACUUCUCAUGGUGCAAUUGAGCCAGAUAAGGACAAUGUCCGCCUAGAGCCAUAUUCUUUGCCACAAGGUUUUAUGUGGGACACGUUGGAUCUUAGCAAUGCUGAAGUUCUGAAGGAGUUAUACACACUGUUAAAUGAGAAUUAUGUAGAAGAUGAUGACAAUAUGUUUAGGUUUGAUUAUUCCCCUGAAUUUCUUCUGUGGGCUCUGCGUCCUCCGGGCUGGUUACCGCAGUGGCACUGUGGGGUUAGAGUGUCUUCAAACAAAAAGCUGGUAGGAUUCAUAAGUGCCAUCCCUGCAAAUAUUCGUAUUUACGACAGUGUGAAGAAGAUGGUAGAAAUCAAUUUUCUGUGUGUUCACAAGAAACUGAGAUCUAAGCGGGUGGCACCUGUACUGAUUCGGGAAAUAACCAGAAGAGUAAACCUGGAAGGGAUUUUUCAGGCUGUUUACACUGCUGGAGUGGUGCUCCCCAAACCUGUGGCCACUUGCAGGUAUUGGCAUCGAUCACUGAAUCCCAGAAAAUUGGUGGAGGUGAAAUUCUCACACUUGAGUAGAAACAUGACUCUACAAAGAACGAUGAAGCUCUACAGACUUCCUGAUGCUACAAAAACUUCAGGUUUGAGACCAAUGGAACAAAAAGAUACUAAAGCAGUACAAGAAUUAAUCAACACUUACUUGAAGCAGUUUAAUCUUGCUCCUGUGAUGGAUGAAGAAGAGGUGGCCCAUUGGUUCCUGCCUCGGGAACAUAUUAUUGACACUUUUGUUGUAGAGGGCUCAAAUGGUGUUUUAACAGACUUCCUGAGUUUCUACACAUUACCUUCAACAGUGAUGCACCAUCCUGUUCAUAAAAGCCUGAAAGCUGCCUAUUCCUUUUACAAUAUUCAUACAGAGACCCCCCUCUUGGAUUUAAUGAAUGAUGCACUCAUAAUAGCUAAGUUGAAAGGAUUUGAUGUGUUCAAUGCACUAGACUUGAUGGAAAACAAAACGUUCCUGGAAAAACUCAAGUUUGGGAUUGGAGAUGGAAAUUUGCAGUAUUAUUUAUACAACUGGAGGUGUCCUGGCAUGGAAUCUGAAAAGGUUGGUCUUGUAUUACAAUGAGGACACAUGUUUCUAGAACUCUGAGGUCAUCAUUUGAAUUAAUUUGAUCUCCAUAACUCUUGGAAUGAUACUGUUCAAGAGGAGUUAAAGCACAACGUCAGUGAUACUGAAAUAGUCCAUUAAACCUGAACGAUGAAGAAAUCCACAUGUGACCAAAUUUAUGCAUUUUCAGAUAAAUCAGAAGGUCCUUGAAACUUUUAUUGUCCAUGAAAAGAAUAAAAGCACAUUCAUUUAAGUUUCAAAGCUUAGCUUGCACCUUGAUGAGAAGAAGGUAUUUUUUUUUCCACUCUGUAGAAAAGACUGUUUUGUAUAAACUGAACUUCAGUGGUGGAUUAGGGUACAAAAAUAUUUGCUAUUAUGUGGAUGAACUGCUGCAUUUCUAUUUAUUAAGUGGUGGUGUAUGUUUGUCAGUGUAACAGAAUGAAGGAUACAAACUCGAGUAUCUUUGCUAUAUUUACUUCACGUGGAUAUCAUCAUUUGGGGAAAAAUCAUGAAGUAUGAUACGUUUGUAGCUCUAUGAAAGUCCUGGAUGUCUUUUGUAACUGGAGCAGUAUGACAAUGUACUGGUUUAACUAGUGCAUUUGUUUCUCCAUGAGCAACGCUGCCAAAUCAAUAAAAAUACAGAUUUGUAUUUUGAUCUUCAA